AUGUCUAUCGAUUUCCCCAAGGAAGAGGAGGCUGUGCUCCAGCGAUGGCGCGAGAUCAAAGCUUUUGAGCGCCAGCUUAAAUUAACCAAGGGCAAGCCCCUUUACACAUUCUACGACGGCCCUCCCUUUGCUACCGGUCUUCCCCACUACGGCCACUUGCUGGCCUCGACUAUCAAGGACAUUAUCCCAAGAUAUUGGUCCAUGAAGGGCUUCCACGUCGAGAGGCGUUUCGGCUGGGACACUCACGGCUUGCCUAUUGAGCACGAAAUUGACAAGAAGCUGGGUAUCUCUGGCAAGGCCGCCGUCAUGAAGCUCGGCCUGAAGAAUUACAACGCCGAAUGUAGAUCCAUCGUCAUGCGCUACAGCGAAGAGUGGCGUCAUACCGUCGAGAGACUCGGUCGCUGGAUCGACUUUGACAAUGACUACAAGACUAUGGAUCCUUCCUUCAUGGAGUCUGAAUGGUGGGUUUUCAAGCAGCUGUUCGACAAGGGUGCCGUAUACCAGGGACAUCGUGUGAUGCCUUAUUCUACGGCUUUGACGACGGCACUGAGCAAUUUUGAGGCCAACCAAAACUAUCAAGAUGUUAACGAUCCUGCCAUCGUCAUCGCAUUCCCCUUACAGGACGACCCCGAGACCAACUUGCUGGCUUGGACGACGACUCCAUGGACCUUGCCGUCUCAUCUCGGCUUGGCUGCUCACCCUGACUUCGAGUACAUCAAGAUCGUCGACGAGAAGUCUGGCAAGAAAUACAUUCUACUUGAGAAACUCCUUGGUACUCUCUACAAGGAUAUCAAGAAGGCAAAGUUCAAGAUUCUUGAAAAAAUCAAGGGCAAAGACAUGAUCGGAUGGAAAUACGAGCCCCCGUUCAAUUACUUCUAUGAGGAGUACAAGGACGUCGCAUUCCGAGUUCUGAAUGCCACGUAUGUCACUGAUGACAGCGGCACUGGCAUUGUUCAUCAGGCGCCUGCUUUCGGGGAGGACGAUUACAAUGUCGCCCUGGCCGCAGGCAUCGUCACCGAGAACAGACCCCCUCCCGAUCCGAUCGACGACAGCGGCCACUUUACGAGCCGCGUUUCCGACUUUGUCGGCAUGCACGUUAAGGAGGCCGAUAAGCAUAUCAUCAAGCACCUGAAGGCCGCCGGAAAGAUCGUAGUUGAUUCUACGCUUAAGCACUCGUACCCCAUGUGCUAUCGAUCCGAUACUCCUCUCAUCUACCGCGCGGUCCCUUCUUGGUUCGUUCGCAUUCCUGAGAUCGUUCCCCAGAUGCUGGAGAACAUCAAGGGUUCGCACUGGGUGCCGUCUUUCGUCAAGGAGCGCCGCUUUGCCAGUUGGAUUGAGAAUGCCCGUGACUGGAACGUUUCGAGAAACCGAUACUGGGGCACCCCAAUUCCUCUCUGGGUCAGCGAGGACAUGGAAGAGCGGGUGUGCGUCGGUAGCAUCAAGGAGCUGCGGGAAUUGAGUGGCUAUACUGGGGACUUGACUGACCUUCAUCGCGACAACAUCGAUCACAUCACAAUCCCCAGUAAGAUGGGCAAGGGUACCCUGAAACGUAUCGAGGAAGUCUUUGACUGCUGGUUUGAGUCCGGUAGCAUGCCAUACGCAAGUCAACACUACCCCUUCGAGAACGUCGACAAGUUUGAGAAGUCCUUUCCUGGUGACUUCAUUGCCGAGGGCUUGGAUCAAACAAGGGGCUGGUUCUACACCCUUCUCGUACUAGGCACACAUCUCUUCGGCCGCAUUCCCUUCAAGAACUGCGUUGUCAACGGCAUAGUUCUGGCGGAGGACGGAAAGAAGAUGUCUAAGCGUUUAAAGAAUUAUCCGGUGCCUGAUUUGGUCAUGGAUAAGUACGGCUCCGAUGCCCUGCGUCUCUACCUCAUAAACUCCCCUGUUGUGCGAGCUGAGCCCCUGCGCUUCAAGGAGUCGGGCGUGAAGGAGGUUGUGCAGAAGGUGUUGCUGCCGCUCUGGAACAGUUACAAAUUCUUUGAGGGCCAGGUGUCCUUGCUGAAGAAGGUCGAGAGCAUCGAUUACGCUUGGAACCCUAAGGCUCUGGCAAGCAAUGAGAACGUCAUGGAUCGCUGGAUUUUGGCCAGUUGCCAGAGUUUGUUGCAGUUCGUCAAUGAGGAGAUGAGUGCGUACCGCCUUUACACUGUCGUCCCGCGUCUGCUCGGACUCAUUGAAAACACUACAAAUUGGUACAUCAAGCUGAACAGAAGACGUCUCAAGGGCGAGAACGGUGUUCAGGAUACUCAGCAUGCGCUCAAUACGCUGUUUGAGGUCCUCUUCACGCUGUGUCGUGGUCUUGCUCCCUUCACCCCCUUCAUCACCGAUACCAUAUAUCAGAAGCUGCGCCCCUUCAUCCCUAAGGAGGCCGAGGCUGAGGACGCGCGGAGCGUCCACUUCCUACCGUUCCCCGAGGUGCGAAAGGAGCUGUUCGAUGAAAUUGUUGAGCGCAGAGUCGGUAGAAUGCAGAGGGUCAUCGACUUGGUGAGAGUCUCUCGCGAGAGAAGGGCUGUUGGUCUCAAAACGCCACUUAGAACGCUCGUGGUCAUCCACCGCGACCCUCAGUACCUGGAGGACCUUGAGUCCCUCUCAUCCUACAUAAGGGAAGAGAUGAAUGUCAGAGACCUAGUUCUCACGUCAGACGAGGCCAAGUAUAAUGUCCAGUACAGUGUGACUGCAGACUGGCCAGUGCUGGGCAAGAAGCUCAAGAAGGACAUGGCGCGCGUCAAGAAGGCGCUGCCGACUCUCAGCAGCGAUGCUGUCAAGGAAUACUCGGAGAAGAAAGAGAUCCUUGUCGACGGAAUCAAGCUAGAGGAGGGCGACCUUGUAGUGAGGCGGGGGUUGAAGGAGGACGAGUCUUCCAAGAACUUGGAGACUAACUCUGACAACGAUGUACUUACCAUCUUGGACGCGGAGUUGUAUGUUGAGCUCGCGCACGAGGGUCUUGCCCGAGAGGUCAUCAACCGUGUGCAACGCUUGAGAAAGAAGGCGCUGCUCCAGCCGACUGACGACAUCAAGAUGGAGUACAAGGUCAUCAGCGAUCCCGACAACAUUGGUCUCGAGGAGGUGUUCGUGUCGCAAACCAAGGUUAUCGAAAAGGCACUGCGAAGACCAGUUGACAAGCACGAGAUUGCAAAUUUUGAAGGUGAGGUUCCGAGUGCGCAGCAGAAGAGAGUGAUCAUGGAAGAGGAGCAGGAGGUGCAGCGUGCGACGUUUUUGCUUCGUCUGCUUGAGUUGUAG